AUGUCUCUUGUCUCUGGGCCUGGUCGAGGCAUGGCCUCCCUGCCUGCCGAGACGCGCUUGUAUGUCGACAAGCACGUCAGCUACAUCCAGAGUCUCGAUACUCGCAAAGAUGAACUCGAGUACUGGCUCACCGAGCAUCUCAGGCUCAACGGCCUGUACUGGGGCAUGACCGCCCUGCAUCUGCUCGGCCAUCCUGAAGCGCUGCCCCGCGACGGCAUUCUCAAAUUCGUCUUCUCCUGCCUGCACGAGAGCGGUGGCUUUGGUGCUGCACCGGGACACGAUGCACACAUGCUGUACACUUGCAGCGCCGUGCAGAUCAUCGCGACGCUGGACGCUUUUGACAAGCUUGAAGCGCACAUGGAGCAUGGGCGCCGCAAAGUCGGCCAGUGGAUUGCCAGUCUCCAGGACCCGGAAACAGGCACCUUUGCUGGUGAUGAGUGGGGCGAGAAGGACACGAGAUUCAUAUUUAAUGCCUUCUUAUCCCUAUCUCUCUUGGGACUGCUCGAUUUGGUCAACGUCGACAAAGCAGUCCAGCACAUCAACUCUUGUGUCAAUUUUGACGGCGCGUACGGGACCAGUCCGGGCGCUGAGUCCCAUUCGGGCCAAGUUUACACAUGCGUGGGCGCGUUGACCAUUGCGGACAGACUCGACCUGGUCAAUCAAGAAAGGUUGGGGGCGUGGUUGAGUGAACGACAGCUCAAGAACGGUGGGCUAAACGGAAGGCCGGAGAAGACGGAGGAUGUGUGCUACAGCUGGUGGGUGAUGAGUAGCCUCGCUAUGAUCAACAAAUUGCAUUGGAUAGACGGCGAGAAGUUGACUGCAUUCAUACUCGGUUGCCAGGACCCUGACUUGGGAGGUCUGUCCGACAGACCUGGCGACAUGGUAGAUGUUUUCCACACGCAUUUUGGCAUAGCGGGACUCAGUCUGCUCAAGUAUCCUGGGCUUGCGGAGGUAGACCCUGUGUAG